AUGGCACAGGCUAGAGAAGAAGCAGGGGACAGUCACCUGGUGUCUGGUCGAGAGCCAUCACGUAUCAUCAGAGUGUCUGUCAAGACCCCGCAGGACUGCCAGGAGUUUAUGCUGGCAGAAAACAGCAGCGUCCGUCACUUUAAGAAACAGAUCUCCAAGCGCCUUCACUGUGACACUGACCGGUUAGUGCUCAUCUUCACUGGAAAGAUCCUCCGGGACCAAGACAUUCUGAGCCAACGUGGAAUCCUUGAUGGAACUACGGUCCACUUGGUGGUGAGGACCCGUCUGAAAGGAACUCUGUCCAGUCCCGGAACCCUGCCAGACCCCACAGGCAACUGCACCCGUCGUUCUGAACCCUCCACCUCAGAGAGUGCUGGGCUGGUGGCCAGGCUGGGCUGGCUGGCCCGGAGUUCACCUGAUCUGGCUGACUUCUUUGGCCAGCUGGCUCAACUCCUAAUGGCUGCGCCCGAGCCCGUGAUGCAGUUCUUAGAAGACCCUCUGGUUCAGGGCCUGGCAAGUGAGAAACUGGCCAAUACUAGUCAAGUUCCUGAAUCCUCCAGGCCAGUACGGAAACCUGAGCCAGCUUUUAAGGCUCAGGAAACUUUGCAGAACCCAGUCCAGCAACAGGGGGUCCUGCAGGCAAACAAGCGAAGGCUAGAGGCCUUAAAGGCAGUGCCAGGUGGUGAUAAUGCCAUGCGUCCCAUCUGCCCUGAUAUCCAGCAGCUUAUGCUCUUCACUCUGGCCCCACUGGUUGCUUCCAGAGGCCACAACCCAGGUUCAGAGCUUUGCAGAGGGGAGGCCAAUGCGCACAGCGGUACUGACACCACCACUGCCAUCACUGCUGCCCCUGCCCCUGCCAGGCCAGUGGCUCAGGAGGUUAGCGCAGGAGCUGUUGCUCAGGCCAGGGGCAUGGCCUCAACCCAGGCCAAUUCAGGGUACAGGAUUGGUAUGCCAGACUCAUACUCAGACCGAGAUCUUUCCUCCCAAGAUAGCCAGCAGCCCACAGGGAAAGUCACUCUAACCAGUCAGCUGAGACCCUCACCUUUGGCUUUGCGUAGAGCCUUGCAUGUCCUUCAGCAAAAUCCGCCUCUGCUACACCAGCUAGCCACUGGCAGCCCCCUGAGACAUCAUAUGCCACUACUUCCCAUCCUCACCAACCCACAAGCACUGCAGGCAUUGAUACAGAUAGAAAAGGGCCUGCAGAUGCUGUCCAGGGAGGUGCCUGGUCUGGGACCUUGUUUAUGGGGCCCUGGUAGACCGCAUGGGGCUACAGAAGCCCCUGAAACUAGACAGGGUCACAGAACAGACCCUGUGCAACCCACCAUGGCUGUCCUUCAGCUUCUCCAUGCACUGGCCAAUGCCUGCUCCCAGUCUACCCAAUCCUCACUAUCUCCAGCUCUCCUCACUGAAAGCAGGUACCAGCAAGAACUGGAGCAUUUGAAGGCCAUGGGCUUUGCUAAUCGAGAUGCCAACCUGCAGGCUCUGAUGGCCACAGGUGGAGACAUCCAUGCUGCCAUUGAGAGGCUGCUGGGGGAACCAGAAGCCUAG